UGUAGGUCAGUUCUGUUCUCUCUUUCUCUCUUGUCUCUCUCCUCUCCUGGUCAGUACUGAUGGUGUGUGUGUGUGUCUGUAGGUCAGUCAUGCAGUCCUGCAGUUCUGCUCUCUGUAUCCUGAUCUUACUGAUCUCUACAGUGACUACUGUGUCUAAAUCAGCUGUUGGUCCAGUGAAGGUGAAGCUUCAUGACUCUGCUACUCUGUCCUGCUAUGAGAGAUGCUCUGGUUUGGUCAGAUGGACUGUGUUCCAUAAACCCACUGAUGCUCUGGCUGAGUGUGAUCAGACUUCAUGUAGAUCAGUGAAGGAGGGAUAUCAGAUGAUCCAUGAUCAGUACCUGAAGGGGAAUCUCUCUCUCACCAUCACUGACGCUGAUUUCAGUAAGAGAGGGAGGUACAUGUGUGACUGUGAUGGUAAAGACAUCUGUGAUGUGCGUCUUCAAAUUGAGCCCCUGAACACUACAGUUCAGAUAAAGCCUGGUGGAUCCCUGGUGCUGGAUUUGGACAUACCAGAGGAAAUGGAGGUGCUUUAUAGCAGUACAGGUUCAGGUGGACCGUCCAGUGGUCAGAUGUGCACAGUGAUAAUACGGUCACUACAGUGUAAACUUGAAUAUAAACACAGAGUAUCGGCUGUUCUUCAGCUGAGAGCAGUGACUCCGUCUGACAGUGGAGUUUAUACUGUAAUGGAUGCCAGGAAUGAAGAGGCCAUUCACAUCUACACAGUGACCGUGGGGUCAGCAGGCGGAAGUGAUGUAGUGAAGGAUGACCAUCUAGAUCUGGACACAGACAAAAGAGCUGCUUUACCAGCCUGGGUGAUUGUACUGAUUUCUGUACUUGUAGCUGUGAUUGUGGGAUUAGCAGUGAAAGAUAUUAAGCUGCUGAGGAGACAAAUUCAGUAG